AAUUGAUAGUGAAAAUAGUCCACGCUAAAUCACAGGAUGUCGUCGUCAGCUAUAACGGUGGCUGCAGUCAGCCAGCUUCAGACAGCACUGGUCGGAAUUCUGACUACCCUGAAUUUGACACAGCCAUUAUUCGCUCCAGGAGUUUCAGUUCAAAAUGGCGACACAUUCGACUUUAUCAUCGUAGGCGCAGGAACAGCGGGUAGCGUACUGGCCAACCGGUUGACGGAAGUUGAAGACUGUAAUGUGCUCGUGAUAGAAGCUGGUGGGGAUCCACCUGUAGAAUCUAUUAUACCAGGUGGAUUCGCUUUGUUGCCUCGGACAAAAUACGACUGGAAUUACACGGCCGAAUUCGAUGAGGCGUUCAGCCUUGGACACUUGAACGAAAUCCUCGAUCUUACAAGCGGCAGGGUUCUAGGCGGGUCCAGUUCUAUCAACCAUUUAAUAUAUGGUAGAGGUUUCCCGUAUGACUAUGAUAAGUGGGCAGAAGUUGUAGACGAUGAGAGUUGGAACUGGGAGAACGUAUAUGAAUAUUUCCUUAAACUAGAACGAUUGCAAGAUCCAGGAAUCUUGACCUCUCCAGACAGAGUUAAUCAUGGUCUAAGUGGAAACAUCGGGACAACUAGAGAACCGAGUCCAACAAUGCAGAAAUAUUUCGAAGCGAUUGAAGAAAUUGGUUAUAAUGUAAUUCUUGACACAGUCCCUGGACUAAAUGACGCUCAAACUAAAUUGGCAUUCUCUGAAAUUUUACUUUUCAUUGCUAACAUACAACGUCAGAGCUCAGCUCAUGGGUAUCUUUCUUUUAAAGACGCUAAAAGUAAUUUGAAUAUUCUUAAAGACAGUUUUGUCACUAAUGUAGUAUUUAAUGAUGAUAAAGUCGCAAUAGGUGUUAAUGUUUUGACGAAUAACGGUCAGGAACUAACACUUUAUGCAAAAAACGAGGUGAUUUUAUCAGCUGGAGUGUUUAAUAGUCCAAAGAUUUUAUUACUAUCUGGCAUUGGACCUGCAAAUGAUUUGACAGCUUUGGACAUACCAGUAUUAUCAAAUUUGCCUGUAGGCGAAAACUUUCAGGAUCAUGUCGGAGUUUUAUUGAUACAAAGCAAUGAAAAUCUUGUUACUCUUCCAACUAUGCGUCCCCCAACGGAAUUCCCUCUUCCAGGGAACGUUGGUUACGUAACACUUGACGCAACACAGUCAUAUCCAACUUACGAAUCUUAAACUUCGUUUUCAAUAACAAUCUAGUUUUCUCUCUCAUUUGUUCUAUAGUAUUCUCUUAUAG